UUAACCGACCCGUGGUUCUUAACUUGUUAUACACUUGAGAGAAAAACGGUAGCAGAAGCAGGAAAACCGAGACGGCGGCCGGAGCGAUCCCAUCGCCGAGCCAUACACAGGUUGCCAUAGGCUAUCCAGAUAGUUUAGUAAACAGAAAAUGUUUAUGAAAACCAGGUGGCUGAUAAUUGAUAGACAACUGAAGAGAAACAUCUCUAAAAAGCUUUUGAAGAUCAACAGGAAGAAGCAAAAAACAGAACAUUCAUCUAGUUUGGGCAAUCAAGUGGGACACAGUAAGAAGCCAAACAUACAAAACAAGAAAAGUAUCCCAAGUUAUUCACCAUUCACAACUAACAGAAAGUCAAAGAGAAAACUUUCAUCCAUCUUUAAGAAAGUAAUCAGUAGUAGAAAGAAACGAAAGAUGGAAAAGAUUGAUAAAGUAGAUGAAGUAGUUGAACCCAUUGACCGAAUCUCAGAACUGCCCGAACCCAUUAUCCAUCACAUCCUCUCUCUUCUCCACUGCCCGAGAGACGUUGCCCGAAUCACUGCAUUAUCUAAAAAAUGGAGGUCAAUCUGGGCUUCAUUUUUCUUCUUUAACUUUGACCAAAAGAGGUUUAAAACAUCAGGAGGAGACCACACUGAGAAAUUCAUAACUUUUGUUGACAACUCCUUAGCAUCCAAACUUGAUCCAAUGAUCAGGAUACACAAAUUCAAGAUUUCUUUAUCUCAAGUUAAUCCCAAGUUGAAACUUUACACAAAUAAAUGGGUAUAUUCAGCUAUAAAAAGGAAUGUCAAAGAACUAGAGAUUCAUGUUGAAGAGAAGAAAAAGAAGCAUUACAUGUUACCAAAUUUCAUCCUCACUUCCUCUACACUAACUUCACUAAGGUUAUCUGGUUGCAAGUAUGAUAAUGAGAUUGUCAUUAAUCUACACAAUUUAAAAGAACUUUCCAUAAAAAACUCUCAUGUAGAUAAAAAUGUGAUCCCGAAUUUUAUUCGUGGAUGCCCAUUGGUUGAAGAUCUAAGACUAGUACAUUGUACAGGAAUAGGCCAUCUGGAGAUAUCAACUCCAGUUAAGCUAACCAGGGUUGAGUUACACGAGUGCCAUGGACUUGUGUUGAUCAACCUUGAGGUUCCUAGUCUUACAAGCUUUUUAUAUAUUGGGAAAAAGUCAUGGUUUUGUGAAAUAAACAUAGGAGAUUGUGAAAAUUUGAAGUGUUUGACAUUGAAAGAUUCAAAUCUUACAGAUGAGGAGUUUCAAGAUAUGAUUACAAAGUUCCCUAACCUUGAAAAGAUAGCUUUAAGAGAAUGUGAUUAUCUUGAGAGAAUAACCAUAUUGAGUAUGAAACUCAAGGAAUUAUCUGUGAUUAGAUGCAAAAAUGUAGAAGAGGCUAAUAUUGAUGCACCAAAUCUGUCUGUGUUAGAGUAUUUUGGUGAGAGGAUGCCAUUUUCUUCCAUGAGUGUUGGAAGUUUGUGUGAGGCUAAACUAAAUCUACAAAAUAAAAAAGACAAUUUUGUCCCUUUGAAGGAGUUGCUGAUCUUUUUGAUGAAGUUUAAGAGGAAAGGAGAUUGGAAGAUGGUUGUUAGCUCUAAUAAGAAUGUUACUAUUCAUGAAGACUUGAAGAACGUUCCAUAUCUGACAUCACAUGAUCUGAAGCUAGAACUUAUAAAGUCUCCUGUGAAGGUGAAGGGGUAUAUUGGUAAUUUACUACGAAUGUCUCGACCAAAGACUUUGUCGUUGGUUUCAUCUUCCAGUAGUGAGUUUUUAAAGUUUGUAAAGGAGAAGAUAAUGUCAAGAGAAAAGAACCCAAAAUGCUGUACAUAUUACUCAAAGAAAUGCUGGCUUCAUUUCAUUAAAGAUGUCAAAAUGGUGGUUUUUGAAGGAGAUGAAACAUCUCAAGAACUACAACAAACUACUUUCCAAUUUACAUGGAAAUCAUAGAUCUACA